UCCCUUACUAGGGGAGAGAAAAAAAAGCAGCAGAUGACGCCAUCUGUUAUUCUUCCGUUUCCUUACGUCUGAUGAUCGACGAAAUUAUCUUCUAGUCAUAAGGAAGUCGAUUAUUUUUUUAGCGAAGUGUCUCUGCCUCAUGUAAGAUUUUCUUAACGAUGGUAUCACACAUUUUAUUUUUACACAUUUUGCCCUCAUGGUGUUGGUGAUCUGCCUUUCCGAUGUCAGAAACAUGAGAAGUGAUAUUCGACAGAGAAAAUUUUCAGUAGUGGGUUUUGUUUAGCUUGCUGUUUAACUUUCAGCCUCAGUACAGUAGCUCUAUCUGCUGCCUUUUCAUGUUCAAACUGUGCAUGUGGUGCAUGCGGAACAAUAUCUUUUUAUCAAGUUUUGUUAGUAUGUGGAUGAUCUAACUUCAUGCAUGAGUGCCAAGAAUUGUUCCCAUAGCAGUGAAGAAGAGCCCACCGAGCGGACUUGUCUGAUGUCCAGACAGCCGCCAAGCAUGGAUUCAGUCACAGCUUCUCCUGCUCAUCUUCUUCCUAAUGGAAUGACUUCAGAUAAUGAAACUUUAACAGCCACAGCUUAUGAAAACUGUAUGGAUGGAAAUAAUGAAGGUCACUCUGGAGUACCCAUUAAUUCUAAUGGAGAACCUGAAGUUACAAUUCGAGAUCCAGAUCAACGACUUGACAUGGUGCCAAGAAGUAGCACAAGAUCUCGGCGUCGCAAACCCCAGGAAAGAAGACAGCCUGAGGAGGAAGAAGAGGAAGAGGAGACUCUGCUUUAUGGUGCCAAGCAUGUUAUCAUGCUAUUUAUACCUGUUACCUUGUGUAUGGCUGUAGUGGUAGCAACCAUCAGUUCAGUCACAUUUUAUACUACAACAACACAAUACUUGGUGUACACUCCUUUCCAUGAUGAAACAGAUGACACGGGGACCAAACUAUGGCAGUCUUUUGCAAAUGCUGGCAUACUGCUGGGAGUAAUUAUUGGCAUGACUAUUUUGCUCCUUCUACUGUAUAAAUACAAGUGUUAUAAGAUUAUUCAUGGCUGGCUGAUCGGGUCAUCAGUCAUGUUGCUAUUUUUAUUUGCUUACAUUUACUUGGGUGAGGUCCUGAAAGCUUAUAAUGUACCAAUGGACUACAUUACUGUAGCCAUCCUGAUGUGGAACUUUGGUGUAGUGGGCAUGAUAUGCAUCCACUGGAAGGGGCCACUACUCUUGCAGCAAAUGUACCUGAUUAUGAUCUCAGCUCUCAUGGCUCUCAUCUUUAUCAAGUACCUCCCUGACUGGACCACCUGGGUUGUUCUUGGUGUCAUGGUCGUAUGGGAUCUUGUAGCAGUUCUGUGUCCAAAAGGUCCACUUCGUAUGCUUGUUGAGACAGCUUCACAGCGCAAUGAACCCAUCUUUCCAGGCCUGAUCUAUUCAUCUACCAUGAUGUGGCAAGUGGCAAACAUGGCUGAUAAUGAGGACCACAACAAAAAGAAGUCAAAGGGUCGCAAAAGCACAGAUGCAUCCAAUGAAGCAGAAGCUGGAGGUGAUGCGACAUCACCUGGCUCAGAUGUUGAUGGUGCUGAUGAUGGAGGGUUUGAAGAAUAUCGAAGGAAUAGGCCACCAUUGACAACAAGUUUUGAAACACAGCAAGCACGAAGCGCAGUGGAAGCACUGAAUACUACAGAUGUGGCAGUUGCGUCUGAUCAGAACUCGCCACCCAACAGUUCACGAAAUAGUGCAAGACAAACACCAAAUAACAGCAGACAUGCAGGAGAGGAGGAGGAAGAGGAACGUGGUGUGAAACUGGGACUAGGUGACUUUAUUUUCUACGGAGUGUUGGUGGGAAAGGCAUCGUCCAAUGGUGACUGGAACACUACCCUAGCCUGCUUUGUCGCCAUUCUUAUUGGUCUGUGCUUCACUUUGCUGCUGCUGGCCAUAUUUCGCAAGGCCUUACCUGCACUGCCAAUCUCGAUCACCUUUGGGCUCAUUUUCAAUUUCGCCACAAGUUCUCUGGUGCGCCCAUUCUGUGAUAAACUAGCAAGCGAACAAGUCUACAUUUGAUGCUUCUUUUGCUUUCAUUGUUAUUUGUUUUCUAAUUAAGCAUUUAAUCUUUCUGUGCUAUCUGUCCAUUUCCUGAUGUUUGAAUGCACAAAAUGACAAAAAAAUAUUGUAAAGGCAUUCCAUUAAAACAAGUUAAUUAUCCUGCUUUUUUAUUUUCAGUUUUUAAAAAACUUAAGUUGUUGAAUAAUAUAAUUGGGAUCACUGCACUUUGAGUGGAUAAAUAGACGAUGAUAGAAAUAAGAUUGACUUUUGCUUUAGACCAUCUCUGAACUUCUGAAUCCAAAAUUAAUAAUUUUGCUCCGUCCCCAUCACUUUUUUCUUCUUCUUUUUGGCAAACAGGCAUGUGACUUGCAUAUUCUCUUUUCACUUUUGCAUUUUGCCAUUGAGCUGAAGUUCCAAUGUGAGGGAAAAAGUCCUUUUGUCCACCCAGCACUGGGUAUCCUGACUGUUCAGGAAAGGUUGAGCACUGCUGUAACCUGUUGGACUUACCAGCCUUUAUCUCAAACAGUUUUGGAUGAUAGAAGAUAAGGAGCUAUUUUGUCAUUAAUGUGGUAGAAGUGCCAGGGACAAAUCUAGUAAAGGAAAAUACAACUGAACAAUAUUUGCAAUUUUAACUAGGUUGUUAGUUCGGAAUAUUUUCAUGCAUCUCUGUUGCAUUUCAUCUAGAAUAUAAACCUUCAUUAAAAAAUGAAUCUACCAACACCAUCAAAAUUUCUAGAGGGAAGAGGGUUUCUCCUGCUGCUAGUUAGUGCUCUUUGGACAGACAGAAGAUUAUGACCCUGGCAGAAGCAUGGCUUUAGUUCUGUGUGUGUGAUAUUUGCAUAGAGAAGUGAGGUACAGAAGAGUUUCUUUUAGCAAGUGCUUUGUGUCAAAACAACCUAGUUGUGCCUGAUAAGUAUGUAAAUUAGACACAAAGAUGCAGCAACAGUGCAUCGCAAUGCACAGCCUUUUUCCUUGGGUGGUUCAUGAUAGCAGAAAAGGAUGAAUCUUUGCAUUCAGAUGUUUUUGUGAUUAGAAAUAUUUGUAGAUACUGUGGUCAUUGUAAAAUAUGAAAUAAUCGUACUGUCGCAUGUGGUGAUGAAUGUAUGUACAAGUUUGUCUCCUCUUUUAUUUUAAUUUCUGUUGUAUGAAAAUGAGUACUUUCAAGAGUAAAGCUACUGUUUUGUUGUAUAUAAUCCUUUUCUCUGCAUGAUUAUACGUUACAAUUUUUUUAAAAGUUAAAGAAAUGAUGAUACUUAUAUGAUGAGUACUACAUCACAUGAUUGGAAUUCUUUUUAUUUCUUUAUGGACCAAAACACUUCAUUGUCAUCCAUGUUUUCUUUGUUGUCAGUAUUUAUGUGCUAUUUUGAUACAAAUAAAAAAAAAAUAUUGUA